UGAAAUUGAAAAAGAGAGGCUCCAAAGUAUGAUGACUUACGGUGAAAUCGUUUCUCAGAAACAGAUUGAUCUCAGAAAACGGCAGCCAAAACUUCGCGAGGAUAAAGAUCCACUUGCAGGAGAGACGGAUGAUGAAAGAUUUUUGGAGCUACUCGGUGGAAUAAUGGACAGACUCGAUUUUCUUCAAGAAAUGGAGCAAUUUGGAAGGGCAAAACUGUAUAGAUUUGAAAUAGGUCAAGAAAUCGCUGCUCGCUUUCGUCUCAUGAAACUAAUCGACCCUGAAAGAUGCGCUGGUCUGGACAAGUAUCAAAUAUUGAAAAAAAUGACAGAUUCAAGUUCAUCCUCUGGGUUUUCCAGUUAAUAUCAUCACUAAAAUUGACACUCUCUCACUCGCCUCUAAAAUAUCGAAUUAAAUUUGCA